AUGAAUAUUGUAAACACCUCGCGCGUUAUCGUGCAGUUUAUGCUGAACCAGAACGUGCAAAACCAGGCGAUGAGGAGUAGCCUACGGCAGCGCGGCGGCGAGAAUGAUGAGGACAUGGACAUGGAAUUCUAUCAAACCGCAGGCUGCCCCACCAUCAUUUCCCGCUCCCAGUGGGGGGCCCAACCCCCGACAAGCACGGUCCCGCUGAGCACCCCAGUGCCCUACGUCAUCAUCUACCACACGGCAGGGAGUUCCUGCACCUCACAGGCCUCCUGCAGCCAGGUGGUCAGGGGCAUCCAGAACUACCACAUGGACUCGAAUGGCUGGACCGACAUCGCCUACAACUUCCUGAUCGGCGAGGACGGCAACGUCUACGAGGGCAGAGGCUGGAGCACCGUGGGGGCCCACGCCUCCGGCUGGAACGAUAGGUCCCUGGGACUCGCCUUCCUGGGCACCUUCUCCAGUAUGUGGGUCCCAUCUGUACGGAUCUCCCUGCUAGGUCCCGAGGGGAGCUGGGAAUUCCCGCCCACAGCUGCUCACCCCUGUUGA